AUGGACGCCGGCGAAGCCCAGACAAAGGUCAUCGCCUGGCUGCACGAGGCCUCCGAGGCGUUCCAAAAAGUCCCCGGCUCCGCCGUCCUCAUUCGAUACAUCCAGUCGAGCUACCAGAACGACCCUAUCCGGUCCGGUAUCGAGCUGGUCCUUUUUAUCUUCUUCGUCCGCUACCUUUUGUCGCCAUCCUACUCCACCCAGAAGCAAAACUUCAUCAAACUCCGUGACGAUGAAAUCGAUGAGCUGGUCGAAGACUGGACCCCCGAACCCCUCGUCUCCCCCCAGACUGCACUCGAGGAAAUUGAGGCCGAGAGGUUGCCUGUCAUUAUUGGACCUACAGGGCCAAAGACCAGACUUGCAAGCGGACGCACUGUCACGAACCUUGCCUCGUACAACUUCUACAACUUCAACGCGAACGAACAAAUCAAGGACAAGGCCAUUCAGACGCUGCGUACUUACGGCGUCGGCCCAUGCGGCCCUCCCCAGUUCUACGGCACCCAGGACGUGCACAUGAAGACCGAGGCAGACAUCGCCGCUUAUCUUGGCACUGAGGCUUGCAUUGUUUACGCUCAAGCCUUCUCCACGAUCUCCAGCGUCAUUCCUGCCUUUUGUAAGCGUGGAGACAUAAUUGUUGCCGACCGCGCCGUCAACUACUCCAUUCGCAAGGGUAUGGAGGCCUCCAGGAGCACCAUCAAGUGGUACGCUCAUGGCGACAUGGACGAUCUGGAACGCGUUAUCCAAAAAGUGGUCAAGGACCAAAAGGGCAAGAAACUGACGCGAAGGUUCAUUGUCUCCGAGGGCCUGUUCGAGACCACCGGAGACAGUGCCGACUUGCCCCGACUUGUCGAGUUGAAGGAAAAGUACAGAUUCCGCAUCAUUCUCGACGAGACAUGGUCCUUUGGUGUUCUCGGUCGAACUGGUCGCGGCCUUACUGAGGCACAAAACGUCGAUCCCUCUCAGGUGGACAUGAUCGCAGGCUCGCUUGCUGGUCCUCUGUGCGCUGGCGGCGGUUUCUGCGCCGGUGCCAAGGACGUUGUGGAGCACCAGCGCCUUACAGCGGCAUCUUACACCUUCUCCGCCGCCCUGCCUGCCAUGCUUGCCGUUACGGCCAGCGAGACCCUCAGUGUGUUGCAGUCCAACCCGGAUAUCCUCACGCAAUGUAGGGAAAACACCAAGGCUAUGAGAGCGCAACUGGACCCUCGCAGUGAUUGGGUCGUCUGCACGAGCUCGCCUGAGAACCCUAUCAUGCUGCUGGUUCUCAAGGCGGAGGUCGUUGCGGCGCGCAAGCUGACGAGGGAAGACCAGGAACGGCUGCUGCAGGAUUGUGUCGAUGAGGCAAGUCGGGACAUCGCGCUCGUCAACGGAGUUCUUAUCACGCGUCUGAAGAGCAUGCCCAUUGCCAACAACCUCGACCCUAAAGACAAUAGCUGGCAGAUUCAACCAGCACUCAAGGUCUGCAUUACCACAGGCUUGCCGAAAAAGGAUAUUGAGAAGGCAGGCGUCGCUAUUCGACAUGCAAUCACCAAGGUUAUGACCAGGAAGUCAAGCUCCAAACCGUCAUAG